CCCAAGACACGCACCCUCCAUUGGCGCCCACACCUGUCAACUCCGCGCGCGCUCAGGUCGGUGGAGAAGCCCGGCGAGGAAGCGCUGGGAUCCCGACUCGGGCGCCUGGCCCUGUCCCCGCCCCUCUGCACCCCUGCCCACCCCCUCCCAUCACACCCUGGUACACACACCCGUACUCCACACUGCACCCUUGCAGCCCCCCGCCGCCGCGGUUCCCGGGGGCGGCGGUUCCCGGAACAGCCGGACCCGGCGGAGCGCUUCGGCGCGCGGAGAACACUCCAGAAAUCUUAAUGAGGUAGCCAGCUGCGGGAGAUUCCAAACCCCUAGAUAAAAAUGGCUUUCCACGUGGAAGGACUGAUAGCUAUCAUCGUGUUCUAUCUUCUGAUACUGCUGGUUGGAAUAUGGGCUGCCUGGAGAACCAAAAACAGCGGCAGUGCAGAAGAGCGCAGUGAGGCCAUAAUAGUUGGUGGCCGAGACAUCGGCCUGCUGGUGGGGGGAUUUACCAUGACAGCCACGUGGGUUGGAGGAGGUUACAUCAACGGGACGGCUGAAGCAGUAUAUGCACCAGAUUAUGGUCUAGCUUGGGCUCAGGCACCAAUCGGAUAUUCUCUUAGUCUGAUUUUAGGUGGUCUGUUUUUUGCAAAACCUAUGCGUUCCAAGGGAUAUGUGACCAUGUUAGACCCAUUUCAGCAGAUCUAUGGAAAACGCAUGGGCGGGCUCCUGUUUAUUCCUGCGCUAAUGGGAGAAAUGUUCUGGGCUGCAGCCAUUUUCUCUGCCUUAGGAGCCACCAUCAGUGUGAUCAUUGACAUCGACGUUCAUAUUUCUGUCAUCGUCUCUGCGCUCAUCGCCAUUCUGUACACCCUCGUGGGCGGCCUCUACUCAGUGGCCUACACGGACGUUGUUCAGCUCUUUUGCAUUUUCAUAGGACUGUGGAUCAGCGUCCCUUUUGCAUUGUCACAUCCUGCAGUCACCGACAUUGGGUUCACUGCUAUUCAUACCAAAUACCAGGAGCCUUGGCUGGGGACUAUUGAGCCAUUUGAAGUUUACAAUUGGCUUGAUAGCUUUAUGUUGUUGAUACUGGGGGGAAUUCCAUGGCAAGCCUACUUCCAGAGGGUCCUCUCUUCAUCCUCAGCCACCUAUGCUCAGGUGUUGUCCUUCCUGGCAGCUUUUGGAUGCCUGGUGAUGGCUAUACCAGCCGUACUCAUUGGGGCCAUUGGAGCGUCAACAGACUGGAACCAGACUGCAUAUGGAUUUCCAGAUCCCAAGAGUAAAGAAGAAGCAGACAUGAUUUUACCGAUUGUUCUGCAGUAUCUCUGCCCUGUGUACAUUUCUUUCUUUGGUCUUGGUGCAGUGUCUGCUGCUGUUAUGUCAUCAGCAGAUUCUUCUAUCCUGUCAGCAAGUUCGAUGUUUGCUCGGAACAUCUACCAGCUUUCAUUCAGACAAAAUGCAUCAGACAAGGAAAUCGUCUGGGUCAUGCGAGUCACAGUGUUUGUGUUUGGAGCCUCUGCAACAGCCAUGGCCUUGCUGACAAAGACCGUGUACGGGCUCUGGUACCUCAGCUCAGACCUUGUUUACAUCAUCAUCUUCCCGCAGCUGCUUUGUGUGCUUUUCGUCAAGGGAACCAACACGUAUGGAGCUGUGGCUGGUUAUGUUUCUGGCCUUUUCCUGAGAAUAACUGGCGGGGAGCCAUAUCUGUACCUGCAGCCCUUGAUCUUGUAUCCUGGUUAUUAUUCUGAUAAGAAUGGUAUAUAUAAUCAGAGAUUCCCAUUUAAAACACUCUCCAUGGUUACCUCAUUCUUAUUUAACAUUGGCAUCUCUUAUCUAGCCAAAUACCUAUUUGAAAGUGGAACCAUGCCACCAAAAUUAGAUGUAUUUGAUGCUGUUGUUGCAAGGCACAGUGAAGAAAACAUGGAUAAGACAAUUCUGGUUAAAAAUGAAAAUAUUAAAUUAGAUGAACUUGCACCUGUGAGGCCUCGACAGAGCAUAACUCUCAGCUCAACUUUCACCAAUAAAGAGGCCUUCCUUGCCAUCGAUUCCAGCCCAGAAGGAUCUGGGACUGAAGAUAAUUUAUAAUAACCCCAGCUAAUUAAAACACUGCUUUCUCAAACAGAGCUCUAUAGCAGGCUAGUCCUGGAAGGAUGGUUUGCAGCAUAGAAAAAUAUUUUAAAAAAUAACGUUCAGGAGGACAAAAGUCAAUCUAAAAGUACAACUGUACAAAUACAAGCCAAGCUAGAAGGAAGCACCUAUGAAAGCGAAAGCUUUCUUUCUCAUCGAAAUUUCUCACCUUCAUUUGAUUUUGACUCUAGAUAGUUUCACUAAGUAUUCAAAAAAUGAAUAAAGCCGCAUUCAAAGAACAGAGGGCCAAACAGAGUAUCUUUAUCAUGACAAAAGGAAGUAGAGAUGAAGGAGCCAAGGAAAUCAGGUCAUCUUGAUCCAGAUCUUGUUUACUAACGCACUGGUGAGUCUAGUUUAGUUACCACCCUGAAGCUGUGAGAAUAAUUCACCUUUAUACCAAGGAAUGGUGCAAUGAAUUAACCAGCUGACUUUCUUGAUGUAAUGAUGAACCCCUUCUUUCAUGUUCUUCACUAUAACAUUUGAUGAAUAUGCAAUUUGUUUUUCUUUCAGUAGCAGCGUGUGUUAUUCUGAGCAUAGGCAAAACAAAUACGAAAAAUAUUGUAUAGUGAUUUUUUAAUGUGCAAGGUAAUAGCAAAAUAGAAUCCAUCUUUGCAGAGGAGACUGGGCUUCUUUGAAUGCAUCUACAACUACCAUGUGCACUAAGAAGAGUACCUGGAAGCAUGGAAGACAUGAUUAUUGGGCAACCUUAAAGCAAUAAAUCAAAAGGCCACUAAGUAGAAGUGACAGGAAGCACAGUAGAUUUUUACCUUCAUCUGAAGUUCAUAAAGUUAUGAUUUAUGAUUAAAGAAGUAACGUCUUGUCUUAUUAUCUAAUUAGUAUUGGGAGUGAAAUUGAGCCAUAUGUAGCUCCAUAGGACCAAUUAAGGUUAAUGAAGGACAAACUGCACCUCCUGAUGGUAGAAAAAAAAAAAAUAGAAAUACAAAACCCACUCAAUUUUAGAUAUUUAUUAAUGAGGAUGAUUUAGUGUUAAGAGAGCUACUCUGUAGCAUUUUUGCAUGUAAGCCAGUCUUAGGUACUGGACAAAUCACCACUACAAAAAGUACAUAGUGAAUUUUAAAAUGCAGAAGAAAGCAGAAAGUAAAACUGAGUUCUAAAGGGAAAAAGCCAUCAAUUUUAAUAUUUGGUGUCUAUAUAAUUUUCACAAGGUCGGUCAUUAAAUAUUAUUU